AUGCUUCGAAUCUCCCUUCCCGCAUCGUAUCCUACUAGCGAUAGGACAUCAUCCUUCUAUCAACGCGGUGGUGUUGAGGCAGAAGAAAUGUCGACGCCUAUCAACGAAUUCAAGGAAAUCCUCAAUACCGAAGUAUACGUUGAUCUGGAUCGACUUCGUGAAUCGGCCAGACAUGGGAUUCCGAUGGAAGUUCGUGGGGAGGGAUGGAAGUAUUUGCUAGGAGUAUGUCCGGCUGAUAAAUCGCAAGAAUUGACUAGCCUCAAGGCAAAGUUCGAUGAAUAUCUAACCAUCGAGAAAGAAAAUAUGGAGAUUAUCAAGCGUGUACGCGGGGAAGUUAGCCGGUAUCAGCAAAAAAUUAAAAAUUUCGAUGAUAUGAAUGAUUAUACAAGCAUAUUUGAAAAUGUUAUCAGCGCGUAUAUGAAUCAUAAUCGUCAUGUUGAGUAUUACCCUGCUCUCGUACAUCUAUGUGCACCCUUUGUGUACUGCGUGAAAAAUGAGCCCGAGGUUUAUUAUUGUUUCGAGCGUCUAAUGACAAUAUUAGAUGAAUACUACUCAACUUAUAAUAUCAAUGAGAGAGUUGCGAAUUUCAUGACAUUAUUCCGAGCAGUUCUUCCCGAUCUAUACAAUUAUUUUGAAGAAGAGGAAGUUUAUUUGAACGAGUGGGCAACAUCCUGGUUACAAUACUUGCUGUCCAGAGAGCUUCAACUACCUGAUUUAAUGCGUCUUUGGGACACGUAUUUCUCAAUCCCGGACCCAAUUGAAUUUCACCCUUACGUGUGUUUAGCCGUGCUAAAGCAUUUCAAGGAUAAUCUUGAGGAAUUGGAACAAUCCGAAAUUCGCACAUUAUUGUUACGAUUGCCUUCAAUGGAUAUGGAACAG